CUGACGGAACGCUAUUCACUCCACACCCAGGAGGCCCAAGGAAGGGAAAUUGAUUUUAGAGCCUUUACGCCUCGACCCACUGGCCACAACCACUCGACUAAGUUGCCGGCGAGAUCCUCUUACCGGCUGAGGUGGAGGGCAAUUGAUGGGGACAUCAAAUGAAAAUUUGCAGCAUGUACCUAUUUCUUCCAAUGAUAAUGACCAUCAGAGCAAUGAUACGGUGGCUAGCAUCUUAAAUCACAGAGGUGUUGAAUCAGAGCAUAAUAUUUCAAGGGAAGAAAUUAAACGUGUAUUAGAAGUUAUUGCAUCCACUGGGAGAUUCUGGCAUGACUGGGAUAAGUUGAAGAGCAUGCUGUCAGUUCAGCUGAAGCAGGUACUGUCAGAGUACCCUGAAGCAAAAAUGACAAGUGAGCAGCAAUAUGUUUCUUUAAGAGAGUCCUACUCUGAUCUAGUAAACAGAUUGGAUGAAGCUCUUCAUUCCUUUUAUGAAGGCCCUCCAUUUACAUUGCAGAGGUUGUGUGAAAUCCUAUUGGACGCACAAAGUAUUUACCAUCUUUCAAAGCUUGCCUUAGCUCUUGAGAAGAACUUGUUGGUUACAUCCACAUUGACUAUCAGCACCGAUCCAUAUCCACAAACAACUGUGCAAGAGUCAGAUGGAUCAGAGAAAGCAAUUGAAAAGCAGAAUCAGGAAUCCAAUAUUACAGAGAAUGGCACUGAACCUCUGGCUGCUGACAAGGAUGUAGUCAUGACCGAGGCUGAUAUCAAUGAUGAAAUGACCAUUGACAUGGAAGCUUUUGAAGAUAUGGUUAAACCAUCAGAAACAAAUUCUGAACCUAGCCCUAAUGCAUAACUAUUGGUGGUUGAUGUGAAUCUGAGAAAAACAAUGACUCUGACUAGAUCCAGAUGUCGCUGUUGGUGAUUUGUUGAAUUUUAUGUUCUAUGGGAACAAUGUUGAUCAUGGUCGUCAUAGAGUACUUAGAAAACAGGUUUGGGAAUCCUAAGGUCCUACUAGCUCAAAAUUAUAUCUUUUCCCCGAUGAAAUCUCAACUAAGCUUCAGCUUUGAAUGACCUGAAUGAUAUGAAUUUUUUGAUUGAAGCCACGUUACAUUAUGUGCAGCACAAUAUAAGCAUUUCUGAGGCCCUGAAUGAGUGAAUGGUGCUAUGA